UGGGGAGGCUUUAAAAGAACACGUUCAAAUCCGUUAUCGUACAUUUACGCGAUAUCCUCACUCAACUUAAAAAGUUGUAACUUUGGGAAAAGAACUUGAUAAUUGUAAAAAGACUUUGAAGGACAUAUUUAAAAAAACCCAAAAAUUGCAUCAUUCAAAAUUGUUUCAAUUAAACAAAAUAUUAAUUAUUUUCAAAAAAACUUUGUUGGUUGCCAUUAGCAACAACCACAUCUAUAAAUAAUACAAAAAAACGUCAUUGUUGGUACAAAAUUCAUUCGCGGGAGUGCGCUGUUAUUUCAAUUUCAACCAAUAAGAAGAUAGCAACGAUUUGUAGGGAGGUUAUAAAAGGAAUCGCAACCGUGUUUAGCGUCUCUUUUCCAAUAAGUACCUCUCGAAGAACGGAACGAAACCGAUUAUAAACGGUUUAUUAUUUACGGUCGCGUGGUUAAGUUUAUAGAAAACGCGGACGUGAAGAUAAAUAAGGUUCAGAAUGCCAAAUACCGCUUUAACAAAUGGAUAUACCAACGGACACAUGCCCUUCGACAUGGAGGACGGUUCGAAUUUCCUUUUCACCUCGGAAUCGGUCGGCGAGGGACAUCCAGAUAAAAUGUGCGACCAAAUUAGUGACGCUAUUUUAGACGCGCAUUUGGAACAAGAUCCCGAUGCAAAAGUUGCAUGUGAAACUGUUACAAAAACUGGAAUGGUUUUAUUAUGUGGUGAGAUUACUUCAAAAGCUAACGUUGAUUAUCAAAAAAUUGUUCGACAAACUGUUGCUCACAUUGGCUACGAUGAUUCUUCAAAAGGGUUUGACUGGCGCACUUUCAACCUUCUGGUCGCCAUCGAACAACAAUCGCCCAACAUUGCGGACGGUGUCCAUGUGAACCGAGAAGAACAUGAUGUAGGGGCGGGCGAUCAGGGAUUAAUGUUUGGUUACGCAACUGAUGAAACGGAGGAAUGUAUGCCGCUUACGGUCGUUUUGGCGCACAGAUUGAAUCAGAAAAUCGCCGAUUUGAGACGAGAAGGAACAUUUUGGUGGGCGAGACCAGAUUCAAAAACACAAGUUACUUGUGAGUACAAGUUUGAACAUGGAGCUUGUAUCCCACAACGCGUUCACACAGUGGUUGUAUCUCUCCAACACAGUGAGAAAAUAUCUUUGGACGAGUUAAGAAAUGAAGUUUUGCACAAAGUUAUCAAAGAAGUUAUACCAACGAAAUAUCUCAAUGGACAAACCAUCGUUCACAUUAAUCCAUGCGGAUUGUUUAUUAUUGGUGGACCACAGAGUGAUGCUGGAUUAACUGGUAGAAAAAUAAUUGUUGAUACAUAUGGUGGAUGGGGAGCCCACGGUGGUGGUGCAUUCUCUGGAAAAGAUUUUACUAAAGUUGAUAGAUCAGCAGCAUACGCAGCUCGAUGGGUAGCAAAGUCUUUGGUAAAAGCAGGUCUUUGCAGAAGGUGUUUGGUACAAGUCGCGUACGCUAUUGGAGUAGCAGAACCGCUAUCGAUUACAGUUUUCGACUAUGGUACUUCAAAACUAUCCCAAGGAGAACUUUUAAGCGUAAUCCGCAACAAUUUCGAUCUGAGACCUGGUAAAAUCGUUAAAGAAUUAAAUUUGAGACAACCAAUUUACCAAAAGACUAGUACCUAUGGUCAUUUUGGACGGGAUGGAUUUGCAUGGGAACAACCCAAGGUGCUUCGCCUCAAUUGAUUUUAAUUCUUUUUUAUUUUUUAAGUCCAUUUUUAUUUCUUUUUAUCCUUAUUUCUUUCUACCUUCUAGAAAUCCCUUUAUUUACCUAAGUAAGCAAAAAUAAUUGUAAAUGGUAAAAAUUAAGCCCUUUGAGUUCCUGUUAUUAUUAUUUUUUUUGGCACUCUGAACCCAAAAAAGUUGUUUGAUGCGUCAUCUAUGGACAGAUCACGGCACUGAAAAAAUGUGCUGCAAUGGUUGUGUGAUCCGAGUGAAACGUUCAGUUCCCGUUAGACUAGUUUUCACUCCCCGCCUUGUGUUGUGUUUACGAAAAAGAUUCUAUUUGGAAAAGAGCAUUUCCGAAAACACUCCGGUCUGUCAAUAGAGACAAAUAAAGACGCUUUACCAUCAAUCUUUGAGAAUGAAGGAUUUCGUUUCUAAAAACAACUAAAGAGAGAGGGAAAAAUCGACAAACAAGAAACACACCCUGCCAUAUAAGAAAAUUGUAAUGAUCAUAAACUGUAGGUUACGAUUAGAAACAGUAAUUGUUGUCUUGAAAUGAAAAAAUUAUAAGACGAAAAAUCAGUCAUAGACGAUGUGUUAGCAAUUAGUUUUUAAUAAUUGAAUUUCAAUGUGUAUUAAUGCUGAAUAAAAUUUAAUAAACUCUAAAUAAAGAAUA